AUGAGUUUUUCGUUUGGUUUUACUUCCGAUGAUUUGAAUACCAAUCUAUGUGAAAGACAAUCAACCACUACAGCUGCAAAUAUCGAAACCAACAACUCUAUCAAUCCACUAGAUGCAAAGGAAUUGAAUGAUUCCCAUGUAGUUCAACCAAAAUUAGAAAAUUUGGACGAUGUAUUAAGAAGUUUAAAAGAUGUUAGAAUCUCUUAUGAAGCUAUAGAGAUUCCACCAAUGGAAAACCAUACAACAGACAUUGUAAAAUUGUUCAGAAGAGAUUUGUUUGAUAUGAAACAUCAAUUGAUGUCUGAGGAUAACAAUACCAUAAAUACAAAGGACGAUGAUGAAUUAGAUAUCUUAAUACAUGAAGAUUUAAGGAAAGAUAUAUAUGAAGGUGGUUUGAAAUCAUGGGAAUGUUCUAUUGAUUUGGUAAGAUUAUUGAAUGAUAAUUUCAAUAAUUCACAUAAUUUGAACUUUGACCAGAUUAAUUGUGUGACAGAAAUUGGGUGUGGUACAGCAUUACCAUCUGAAUAUAUUUUCAGUCAAUAUUUGAAACAAAAUAGAACUUCAGGUUUGAAAUUGAUAUUAACAGAUUAUAACUCCAGUGCUCUGCGUUUAGCCACAAUUCCAAAUUUAAUUAUUUCAUGGGUUAAUACUUCAUUGAAUGAAGAACAAUUAACUAAGUUACAACCCGAUAACAUAUCAAUUAACAAUAAUGAAGAAAUAAUGUUGUCUGCUGAGUUAUUAGAGGCCUUCAAUGAAAAUAUUAAAGCCAAAAAUAUUUCCUUAGAGCUUAUUUCUGGUAGUUGGGGUCGCAAAUUUUCCACAUAUUUACAUGAUCUACUAAAUACGAUACCAAAACCACAAAACCUUUUGGUACUAACUUCUGAAACUAUAUACCAACCAGAUCACCUGCCACUCAUUUCCGAAACUUUAAUUGAAUUAAAACAAAAUACACACUUCACGUCUGUUAAUGCCAUGGUAGCAGCAAAGGAUAUAUAUUUUGGUGUUGGUGGAAGUUUGAUAGAAUUUGAGAAUUAUUUAAGAAAAAGAAAUAUUCAAUUUAACACAAGAAAAGUUAACGCAGGCUUAAAGAGAUCCAUCGUGUUAAUGUAA